AACAUUUUAUUAAACGUUACUAAAUAUUAUAUAAUAAAUAAAACUCAGUUGAAAAAUAAACCUCUAAAAGUUGAAAAUGAGAUUUUCCUUAUCAAAGCUGUUUAAUUCCGAAACAAAUAAUGAAAAUGAUCAAGAGGAUAAUGUUGGCUGUUUCCGGAAGAUGACUUCGAAACUACCAACUUGUCGUGAAUAUGUUGCCAUUUGCUUAGCCGAGGUUGUUGGAACUGCUAUGUUAAUUUUGUUUGGAUGUAUGGGGGGUAUUCCAAGCGUUAGACCGAAUGCGUCAGAUAUUUCUGGUGCACUGAGCUUCGGUAUGACAGUAAUGAUGAUAAUUAUGGUAUUUGGGCAUAUUUCUGGAGCACAUUUAAAUCCAGCUGUAACAAUUGCAUCUGUAGUUUUUGGAUCAAUGCCAGCAUUACUUUUUCCACUGUAUUUAAUGUCUCAGUGUAUUGGAGCCAUUAUAGGGUAUGCUAUGCUAAAGCUUGUAACACCUCCAGAACUAUUUGAAGGUGGUCUAUGCCUUACAUCCGUUCAUCCAGGAAUCAGUAUAUGGCAGGGUGUUAUGGUAGAAUUUUUAUUAACUUCGUUAUUAAUUUUGGUUUGUUGUGGUGUUUGGGAUCAUCGCAAUAGCCACAAUUCAGACUCGUUGCCUAUUCGAUUUGGCUUCGCUGUUACAGCACUUUCUUUAAUUGGAGGACCUUAUACUGGAUGCAGCAUGAAUCCAGCCCGAACCCUAGGACCAGCACUUUUUAAUAAUGCUUGGGAUGCACAUUGGAUAUAUUGGGUUGGACCAAUGUUAGGAGGAGUUGUCCCAACCAUAGCCUACAACAUGAUUUUUUCACAGCCGAAUGAGGGCAAUGAGAAAGGUGCAAAUGAAAAGGAAAAUUCCCCAUUACAGAAAACGGAAAUGUACAAAAAUCAAAUGCCCAUAUAAUUUGACUGAUUGGAAAAAUAUUUUGUAACUGAAACGCAUAUCUGUGAAUAGAAAAAAAGUAUUUUUAAAUUAUCUAGGAUAGUGACUGUUUAAAGCGCCCAUCAAAUGAAGCUGGCUGUAUGAAGUAAAACUGCACAGAACAAAAAUUAUUUUAAAAUUUCUGACCAAUAUUUGUGAUAAAUAAAUAUAUUUUUAAUUUUAAAACUAAAAAAAAAGGAUAAAUAAAAAAUCAGCUGCAAUAUACUCACUUACAUUAGCAUCGUGUUAGGAAAUGUUAAUGAUUCUAUGGCUUUUAAGUCAGCAAGUGAAAUUUUGGAACAGUCAUAAUAUCUUACAAAAUGUAUUAAUGAUAUCAAGUCUUAAUUUAUUCUUAUUUAUUUACUACUUUUUGUUACUUUGGAAUAAAAAAAAAUGUAAAAUUCUUAGUUAGAAACGUUUUAGAAGACCUUCCAUGUUUAAAACAUAUUCUUUGAAUGUGAUUUUUUUUAGUUCCAAAGUAAUUUCUUUUAAUUUAUUUAAAUGCUUUAACUACAUUCAUUUAGGAACCUUUAUAGGAUUUGUAUUUUACACAUGAUAGGAGGAUAUGUAUUUUUUGCUAAAUUUGAUAGCGUAGCAUAUUGUGCCCAAAAAUUUGUCCAAAUUGUCUAUACCUAAGCAAAAUACUUAUUUGAAAAAUAUAAAAUUUUGGAGAACGGUUACCUAAACAAUUCGUAAUUUUGUUUUAUACUAAUUGCCCUAUUAUUCAUUUUCAUUGUGGA